AUGUUAGGAUUAUUAUUAUGUAUUGAAAGGCGAGGGCGGCUGACCGGAGGCGCUGCAGAAGGGCUCGGCGGCGACGCGCAGCACGUGGCCGGCGGCGAGGGCGGCGAAGGCGACGGCGAGGGCGGCGCAGUGGCACAUGAGCGCCUUGGCGUGCGGCGAGCGGCGCAGCUCGGGCAGCAGCGCGUGCACCAGCAGCGUCGCCACCAGGAAGAGCGCGCCGCUCGCGAACAGCGCGCUGUAGUACACGUUCUCCUGGCUGGGCUCCCCCGCCAGCCUGCCGCGCCAACCAAUUUCACGCCUGCACGGAACAAGGUCUACCCUCCUCCCGACAUGUGUAAGGCAAGGGCACUGGAGAUGAGCGCCUGCCAGUGGCCAGCGCAGAAAGCACUCGAUUCGAACGCACCUGCGCGCCUGGCAGAAGAAGAGGUCGCGCCUGGGCGGGCGGCCGCCGCCCUGCGCCACCUCCGCCAGGCAGAAGUGGUGCGCGGCGAAGGCGCGGCCGUGGCCGUAGCCCUCGACGAGCGCGGACCCGUUGCGCUGCAGCCACCAGCGCUGCGAGGCCCCGCCGUCCGACCGCAGCAGCUGUCUGCGCCGCCAGCACGCAAACGCAUUGCCAUUCAGUCGUCUACUCGCUAG